UAUCAAUGUAACUUAACAUAUACCUUUUAUACUUCGGUAGCGUAACCGGUGUUUGAUAGUAGGUCGUGCGAAAAUGCCCCAAAAUAUAAAUUUUUCAUCACUCAAAUUUUUUUUAAUGCCUGAACCAUUACAGAUCCAAAGGCGAUUGCUAGUUAUUGUUCAUAUACUUUCAUUCACUCUUUAUUGUACAUAGUAUCAUCCGUGGGCCUCGGGGUAUACAGGCUUUAAUUGUUUAUAUUUAUUUUUCACAAUAGAAAUCCUUCCUCAGAAAGUGAGUUUAUUAAAUCAUUAUUAAACUUAACUGUGUACAUAUCAAUCCAAGUUGCAUUAAAACCAUAAAUUAAUAAAUUAAUAAUAGUCAUAAUGUUGAGAAAUCAAAUAGUGAAAUCUUCAUUGAAUAAGAGCCUUAUACGUUCAUUCCAUAUAUCACAAAUUAACUUCAAUGCUCCCCCUCCACAAUCUCCAUUAAAAGUAUUCUUUGAUACAUUCAAAGCUGAAGUUAAAAAAUCAAAUGAAUUAAAAGAAAAUAUAAAAGCUUUACAAGAUGAAUCUGGUAGAGUAGCUGAUUCAGAAGCUUUCAGAAAGGCCAAAGAAGCUUAUGAAAAGGCUCAACAAGGUACUUCUGCUGCUGGUAAAGUUAUUCAAAAAUCAGCUGAAGUUGUAGGAGAUGCUGCUGUUAAAGCUUGGGAAUCUCCUGUUGGUCAAGGAGUUAGAAAAACUGUAACUUAUACCGCCGACGCUGCUGAUAAAGCUUUUGAACCAGUUAGAAAAACUCAAGUAUAUAAAGAUGUAUCUAAUGUAAUUGAUGAUGGUGCAUCUACUGCUUAUGGUGGAUUUUUAACAAAAGAACAAAGACAAGCAUUAAGACAAAAGGAAAUUGAAGAUAAAUUAAGAGAAGGUGUUCAAGCUCCAGUAAGAGAAAAUGAAAAUGCUGGAACAUCUUUAGUAACAACUGAACAUAAAGCAACUGGACCAUCAAUGGGACAAAAAUGGGAACAAUACAAACUUAAAUCUCCAAUAGGCCGUGCUCUUUUAUAUUUGCAAGAAAAAUGGGAAGAAUCUGAAAAUGGAUUAAUUGCUCUUGUCAGAACUAUCUUUGAAAAAAUAGCUGGAUUUUUUGCUGAAACCGAACAAGCUAAAGUUGUUAAACAAUUUAGAUUAAUGGAUCCAUCAUUCCGUAUUACUAGUUUCCAAAGAACUCUUACCAAUUAUAUUGUUCCAGAAGUAUUAGAUGCUUAUAUUAAAAAUGAAGAACCUGUCUUAAAGGAAUGGUUUAGUGAAGCUCCAUUCAAUGUUUGGCAAGCAAACAAUAAACAAUUCAUUCAACAAGGAUUAUUUUCAGAUGGUAGAAUUUUAGAUAUUAGAGGAGUUGAAAUUGUCACCUGUAAACAAUUACAACCAAAUGAUACACCAGUUAUAGUUGUCAGUUGUAGAGCUCAAGAAGUUCAUUUAUAUAGAAAAGCUAAAACUGGAGAAAUUGCUGCUGGUACUGAAGAUCAUAUUCAAUUAAGUACUUAUGCUAUGGUAUUUACUAGAAUCCCAGAAGAAUUCGAAAACAAGACUACUGAUGGAUGGAAGAUUAUUGAAUUCGCUCGUGGUGGUUCUAGACCUUUCCAUUAGUAGUAUAGUCAUUUAUAUAUUAUUACGUAAAAUCUAUCAAUCUGUACAUAAUUAAAAAUUAAUUUUAAUCUUUAGUAAAUUCUUUUAUUUUUUUUUACAUCCAAAACUUUUUAGAAAAAACAAGAGCAGUAGUACACGACUUUGGUUACAAUAUAUA